AGUGUGUAUGAGUUAGAUAAUGACCUGUCUGAUGGCCAGAAGGUGUAUUCAGAGUGCGGUCAGACAGGUCCUCUGGGCUUCCAGGACUGUCUCCCAGCAGCCAGGAUGAAGCUGUGUAGGAAGAUCGGAGAGGGAACCUUCGGAGAGGUCUUCAGUACCACCAACACAGAUGGAGACACCGUCGCUCUCAAGGUAGGGGGGGUUGUGUGUUGGAGUGGGGGGGUUGUGUGUUGGAGUGGGGGGGGGGUGUGUUGGAGUGGGGGGUUGUGUGUUGGAGUGGGGGAUUGGGAGUGGGGGGUUGUGUUGGAGUGGGGAUUGGAGUGGGGUUUGUUGUUUGUGGAGGGUGGUGGGAGUGGGGGUGUGUUGGUGGGGUGUGGGUGGUGGAUGGGGUGGGAGGUGGGGGGUGUGUGUUGGAGUGGUGUGGGUGGGUGUGUUGGGAAGUGUGGGUUGUGUGUUGGAGUGGGGGGGUUGUCGUUGUGAGGGGGGGUUGGUUUGGGGAGUGGGGGGUGUUUGUGUGUUGGAGUGGGGGGUUGUGUUUGGGGGUUGUGUUGUUGUGUGUUGGAGUGGGGAUGUUGUGUGUUGGAGUGGGGUUGGUGUUGGAAGGGAGGGUUGUGUGUUUGGAGUGGGGGGGGUUGUGUUGGAGUGGGGGGGUUGUGUGUUGGAGUGGGGGGUUGUGUGUUGGAGUGGGAGGGUUGUGUGUUGGAGGGGGGGUUGGUGUUGUUGGAGUGGGGGGUGUUGUGUGUGUUGGAGUGGGGGGUUGUGUGUGUGUGUGUGUGUUGUUGGGUGUGGGGGUGUUGGAGUGGGGGGUUUGUGUUUGGAGUGGGGGUUGUGGGGGGGUUGUGUGUGUGUUGGAGUUGGGGGGGGUUGUGUGUUGGAGUGGGGGGGUUGGAGUGUGUAACAGUUUCUCUGUGGUUAGAUCAUCCCAAUAGAAGGCUGUGACCAGGUGAAUGGAGAGGAGCAGAAAACCUUUGGAGAAAUCCUCCAUGAGAUCAUCAUAUCCAAGUACGUUACUGUGGCACUUUGGGGAGUGUAUUAAUGAUGUGUGUGUGUGUGUGUGUGUGUGUGUGUGUGUGACCCAACGUAGCAGGCGUAUCUAGUCCUGACCAGAGAGAACACUGUUGGGGGAGGUUCUGUUCUGUACUGUUGAACCAAUCCAGUAAAUGUGGAGGAGGAGUUAAGAUGGAGUCUUGUUAACGUCCAAAAGGCUCUCUUUCCAUUUCCCCUUGAAACCCCGGAUGAAAACCCUGCUGAGGGUGUGUGUGUGUGUGUGUGUGUGUGUGUGUGUGUGUGUGUGUGUGUAUAUUAAUGAUGUGUGUUAGUGGUGCGCGGAUCAGCUGUUUGUUCACCCAAACCGAUCCGCAAUUGCUAAUAACCCGUCCGCAACCGACUGACUAUAUGUGAUCCAGUGAAAGACUGAGGCCUGCACCGGACCCUAACCUGCUAAUAUAGAGAAUGCGCUGUGCAGUCAGACAGCAGAAUGAGGAUUUGACAAGGGGGUGCAGUUUUAUUUUUUGGGGGGUAAUUUAGAUGUUUCUGCUUGUAAUUUCCAACAUUUUGGUAGGCUAUUUGUUAGUCAACUUGUCUAUAAUUUAGGGCGGUCCCCCGACCAAAAACAAAAACAAAAAACCUUGGUAGACCGAAAGUCGUCUGUUCUUUCGACCAAUCGAUUGGUCUAAAAUGUUAAACGUGUAUUUUUCCAUAUAUAGACACACCCUAUGUGUUUUAAUAAAAUCAACUAUACGCAUUGAGCUUGUCUAAUGCCUAAAGCUAACGGGUUGAUGAAAUAAAACAAAUGCCUCAAGAGGAGAUCUAGAAAAGGAAAAAAUCCUUAACCUGACCCAACUGUUCUCCUCCCGCUCCUGCUGGCUUUCUCAGAUUCCACAUGGAGCCUCCGACCACAUUUUUGGAUCAAGCAAAAAUUGGCUUUUAGUCUAGGCCUCUGCAAUGGAUUAGUUCACUGAGAUGGGCGUAAAUAUAUAUAUAUAUAUAUAUAUAUAUAUAUAUAUAUAUAUAUAUAUAUAUAUAUAUAUAUAUAUAUAUAUAUAUAUAUAUAUAUAUAUAUACAGUACCAGUCAAACGUUUGGACAUUGAUGCCAAUUGGACAUUUUGCACAGGUUUGACCGGUUGUAAGGAAAUGGAAAGCUGUGAAAACGACCCAACGUUGUUUCUGAUAAGAUUUCAGUUCGGUUUGGAUGCAUAUUUUAAUGUGGUUGAAAUACUUUUUUUUAUGAUGCUGAUAAAGAUGGACGCGUCUUACUGCGCUUUCUCUCAAGAUGCUGAAAGAAAUCAUAUUUCUCUCCACUCCUGUUCCCGAGUCAAAGUUCACAUUUGGUGAAUCAUUUUACUGCAGGAGGUCAUAUUAUAUUAAGGCUAUGUGAGAGGUUACAGACCUAUAGUCAGUGUCCAGAUGUCAGUUUCCAUUUAACCCAUCUGAACAGUAGGCCACAGUUCCCUUGACCUGCCACAGGCCUAUUUGAAGUCCCCGUCUUGUGACUGUCUAAUUUGUAUAGAGUCUCACAAUCAUCACACAUAACAUAGCAGACACUGCUAUCAUCCUCUUUUAACACUUUCACCAAAUCUUUCCCAAACAUUACUUUAUUUUCAACUAUUCCAGUGUGUGUAUUCCAGUGUGUGUGUAUUCCAGUGUGUGUGUAUUGUAGUGUGUGUAUUGUAGUGUGGUUGUGGUUGUGUACUAAUGCUGUCUGUCUGUCUGUCUGUCUGUCUGUCUCAGGGAGCUGAGCAGUCUAAAGGAGAAGCAACACAACCAGACCACUGGCUUCAUCGGACUGAAGGAGUAAAUACACUGGCUCCUCUCUCUCUCUCUCUGUCUCUCUCCUCUCUCUCUCUCUGUCUCUGUCUCUCUCCUCUCUGUCUCUCUCCUCUCUCUCUCUCUGUCUCUCUGUCUCUCUCCUCUCUCUCUCUCUGUCUCUCUGUCUCUCUCCUCUCUGUCUCUCUCCUCUCUCUCUCUCUCUGUCUCUGUCUCUGUGUCUCUCUCUCUCUCGGUCUCUGUCUCUCACUCUCUCUGUCUCUGUCUCUCACUCUCUCUGUCUCUGUCUCUCUCUCAGAUAAUCUGUGUAGAAUUGAUAGGUGAAUAGGUAGUUGUACUAAUGUUAGUGUGUGUGUCCAGUCUCCACUGUGUCCAGGGCUGCUACCCUCCAGGCCUGCUAAAAGCCUGGGACUCCUUCAACACACAGAGAGGAUCAGAGAAUGACAGACCAGGUGAGAGAGAGACACCUGUACACCUGUCUACCUGUACACCUGUCUACCUGUACACCUGUCUGUUUCACCUGUCUACCUGUACACCUGUCUACCUGUACACCUGUCUACCUGUACACCUGUCUGUUUCACCUGUCUACCUGUACACCUGUCUGUUUCACCUGUCACCUGUCUGUACACCUGUCUUUACCUGUCUACCUGUCGUUUGCACCUGUCUACCUGUACACCUGUCUACCUGUACCCCUGUCCGGGUUUCAACUGUCUACCUGUACACCUGUUCUACCUGUUACACCUGUCUACCUGUACACCUGUCUGUUACACCUGUCUACAUGUACACCUGUCUGUUUCACCUGUCUACCUGUACACCUGUCUACCUGUACACCUGUCAUGUUUUCACCUUUUCUACCUGUACACCGUCUGUUUCCCCUGUCUACCUGUACACCUGUCUACCUGUACACCUGUCUACCUGUUUCACCUGUCUACAUGUACACCUGUCUGUUUCACCUGUCUACCUGUACACCUGUCUACCUGUCCCACCUGUCGUUACCUGUUACUACACCUGUCUGUUUCACACUGUCCCGUUACCUGUACACCUGUCUACCUGUACACCUGUCUACCUGUACACCUGUCUGUUUCACCUGUCUACCUGUACACCUGUCUACCUGUACACCUGUCUGUUUCACCUGUCUACCUGUACACCUGUCACCUGUAGUCACCUGUCUACCUGUACACCUUUUCUGUUUCACCUGUCUACCUGUACACCUGUCUACCUGUCUACAACCUGUCUACCUGUACACACUGUCUGUUGUCACCUGUCUACCUGUACACCGUGUUCUACCUGUACACCUGUCUGUACCACCUGUCUACCUGUACACCUGUCUCUGUUCACUGUCUACCUGUACACCUGUCACCUGUACCCCUGUCUUUUCACCUGUCUACCUGUUACACCUGUCUUCCUGUACACCUGUUACCUGUUACACCUGUCUGUUUCACCUGUCUACCUGUACACCUGUCUACCUGUACACCUGUCUUCCUGUACACCUGUCUGUUUCACCUGUCUACCUGUACACCUGUCUACCUGUACACCUGUCUACCUGUACACCUGUCUGUCUCACCUGUCUACCUGUACACCUGUCUACCUGUACACCUGUCUACCUGUACACCUGUCUACUUUUACACCUGCUCUGUACACUGUCUACGUACCCCUGUACCUGACACCUGUCUACCUGUACACCUGUCUGUCUCACCUGUCUACCUGUACACCUGGUACACCUGUCUUUUUCUCACCUGUCACCUGUACACCUGUCUACAUGUACACCUGUCGUUUCACCUGUCUCCUUUUACCCCUGUCUGUUUCACCUGUCUACCUGUACACCUGUCUGUUUCACCUGUCUACCUGUACACCUGUCUACCUGUACACCUGUCUGUCUCACCUGUCUACCUGUACACCUGUCUACCUGUCUACCUGUACACCUGUCUGUCUCACCUGUCUACCUGUACACCUGUCUACCUGUACACCUGUCUACCUGUACACCUGUCUGUCUCACCUGUCUACCUGUACACCUGUCUACCUGUACACCUGUCUACCUGUACACCUGUCUGUCUCACCUGUCUACCUGUACACCUGUCUACCUGUACACCUGUCUACCUGUACACCUGUCUACCUGUACACCUGUACACCUGUCUACCUGUACACCUGUCUACCUGUACACCUGUCUACCUGUCUACCUGUACACCUGUACACCUGUCUGUUUCACCUGUCUACCUGUACACCUGUCUUCCUGUACACCUGUCUACCUGUACACCUGUCUUCCUGUACACCUGUCUACCUGUACACCUGUCUACCUGUACACCUGUCUGUUUCACCUGUCUACCUGUACACCUGUCUACCUGUACACCUGUCUACCUGUACACCUGUCUACCCUGUACACCUGUCUGUUUCACCUGUCUACCUGUACACCUGUCUACCUGUCUACCUGUACACCUGUACACCUGUCUGUUUCACCUGUCUACCUGUACACCUGUCUACCUGUACACCUGUCUACCUGUACACCUGUCUGUUUCACCUGUCUACCUGUACACCUGUCUGUUUCACCUGUCUACCUGUACACCUGUCUACCUGUACACCUGUCUACCUGUACACCUGUCUGUCUCACCUGUCUACCUGUACACCUGUCUACCUGUCUACCUGUACACCUGUCUACCUGUACACC